GAAUGCAGAAGAAAGAUUGCGUUGUUGUGGUGAUGAAGAACAGUAGUGUUGGAAGGAUGAACGAUGGGAGUGUGCGUUGCACGUCGAAUUAAAAACACGAAAACUUGAUAUACCCGAAAAAACUGAAACUAAAUUAUUUAUUUAUUUAUAUUAUUUAUACAUUUUAAUUUUCCUCCUUCUCCCAUCUCAUUCUUCACCUCCUCUGAAUCCUAACCGUCAAUCCCAACGGUCCUCUCCGCCGCCGUGCCUCAACGGAGCAGCGAAGCGACACCGUCAUGGGUAUGGACUACUACAACAUACUCAAAGUGAAUCGCAACGCCAGCGACGAGGAUUUGAAGAAAGCGUACAAGCGGCUAGCACGCAUAUGGCACCCCGACAAGAACCCCGUCAACAAGAGUGAGGCGGAGGCCAAAUUCAAACGAAUCUCCGAAGCCUAUGAUGUCCUCAGUGACCCUCAGAAGCGACAGAUCUACGAUCUCUACGGCGAGGAGGCUCUCAAAUCCGGCCAGUUUCCGCCGCCGCCGCAGUCUUCCUCCUCCUCCUCCCGCGUCUUUAACCGCCACAAUCCCCCCGCCUCCUCCUUCCGCUUCAACCCCCGCGACGCCGAAGACAUCUACGCUGAGUUCUUCGGCCCGGAUGACGUCGGCUCCUCGCGCCGGGACGCCUUCUUCCGGACCUCCAACGGCGUCCCUUCGUUCGGCGCCGCCGCCCCGAGGAAGGCAGCUGCGGUCGAGAACGCGCUGCCUUGCAGCUUGGAGGACCUCUACAAAGGCGUCAAGAAGAAAAUGAAGAUCUCCAGGAACGUCUACGACGCUUUUGGAAAAUGUCGAAAUGUGGAAGAGAUUUUGACUAUUGAGAUAAAGCCUGGCUGGAAGAAAGGAACAAAGAUUACCUUCCCAGAGAAGGGUAACCAGGAGCCUGGUGUCAUCCCAGCAGAUCUAAUUUUUGUGAUAGAUGAGAAACCGCAUGCUCUUUAUAGAAGGGAUGGCAAUGAUUUGGUGAUCAACCAGGAGAUAACCCUUCUUGAGGCCCUUACAGGUAAAACUUUGGACCUUACUACCUUGGAUGGAAGGAGUCUCGUCUUACCAUUGACAGAUAUUAUCAAACCCGGUGCCGAGGUGGUUGUCCCCGAUGAAGGAAUGCCUAUAUCAAAAGAGCCUGGGAAGAAGGGGAAUUUGAGAGUUAAGCUUGACGUCAAGUAUCCUUCAAGGCUAACUCCAGAGCAGAAGUCUGAUCUGAGGAGAGUGUUAGGUGGAAUCUCAUGAGUAUGAGUUUGGUAUUUCGUGUCACUGGUGAAUGCACAUUGUAAAUAUGUCAUGUGCAUACUAUUGAUGCAUGUGAAUAACAGGAAUACUCCACGGGUGAAACUGAGUACAAAGGGAUAACAUACGAUGAGCCCAUAUCUUGACAUCUGGACUUUUUUGCAGGCUAGGAAGAAAAACGAGUGUUUGGAAACCAUUGGAAGUGUCAAUCUUAGUGAAACAGUUAGGUAGGUAAUUUAACUGAUUUUCCAUCAUUUUCACAAACUUGUUUUGCCUUUUGGUUAAACUCGUGAACAGUACUGGUGUUGAUAAGAUCACAACGAGUCGUGCUCAUACCAUGAAAAUUGUAUAUAUUGAUUUUUUUUUUAUUGGAGGUUCCUUUAUUGAUAUGCUGUUCUUUUAAAACUUGGAAGGACAACAUGGAAUCUUGGUCUAUGAUUUUAUUACAGACUCGUUUGUUCUGCCA